CUCUUUUUGUACCCUUUGAAACUAGAGGGACUAUUAUGGUGGCCCAUUUUCCCGAUCAUUUUCAAUAGAGACAGCAAAAUGAAAGGUACGUCAAUUUGGUGCAUCGUCCUUAUCCAUUUUGUCCCAUUCUUUCUAAUGUCCACUUUGUGUGAGUCGAAACCUCGUGUUGGAGUUAAAAUUAUUGGAACAACCAUGAAACCGGAUUUUCACCGAAAUGAGGGUGAACUUGCGGCUAGAUGUCCAGAUUCUCAUCCUUGGGCUUUUAGUAAUGGGACCUUAUGCUGCUUGAAUUUCCAUCGAUCGGGUAGUGUUAAAACCGAUUUGGAUUGGUAUGAUGCGGAAAACCUUUGCCCUAAUGGAAACCAUGUGCCUUGCCCAUCUGCCCCUUGCCGUUCUAACGAAGCAUUUGAAGAUCCGUUGAGCUGUCCUCAGGACCAUCCGAUUCAAAUGGAAAAUGCCUGUUGUUGGUCUUAUCGAAGAAAGGCUGAUUCCAAUUGCGACGGAGAUUUGAUCCAGAAAGACGAUCCUGCCUCGUGUUGCCCGGAUGAAAAAUUGUUCCAGCCCCUGGAUUGCCAACAAUUCAAGAGGAAAUGUAUAUCACUAUCACCCGAAAACGUGCAUACUUAUUGUCCAUUGCAACCCCAGACAAGACGAUUUUCAAAGGCAGACUUUUCUUACAUAUCGCACAUUCGCAAUAAUAUACCAUUCAAAAAUGUGCCCAAUUAUUGCAAUCUUCAAGGAGGGGUUACAAUGCCAAUCACAAACGGAUCCCUUAAUGAUGCUCUGAAACUGUUAAGGGGCCCAGAGCUGGAGAUUCCCCCGCAAGCCUUUCGUACCUAUUUGGUUGGUGGUGUCAAGAGAGGCUAUACGACUAAGUGCUUUAGUAAGAGUGCGUGCAUUGGAAAGAUCAAGAAUAAGUUGGACUCGGUGCCCCUGGAUUUCAAUGACGGGUUUGCUGAUCAAGUGAAUGAGUUUCAACUGACCACAACUGGGGGUUUGGGCAUUGCUCUGGUUAUUCGAUUGGACCCACCCCAUAUAAAGCUCAAGAAUGUCAGACUUGAUAUGCAUUCGGGGUCAUAUCUUUGUCAGAUAAAAUGCCUCGAUUAAAUCCAAAACAAAAGGGGUCAGAUUCUCCCCAUUUAUUUGCAUUGCCCCUCAACCAGAAAAUGCGAGAACAUAUUGUCCAUUGCGACCCGAUAGAAGACUAUUUUCUACCGAAGACUUUUCGUACAUAACCCAUCGCCGCACUGAUAUUUACGCCUUAGAAAUUGACGAAUAUUGUGGUCCCGCUGGCGGCUAUAAAUUGCCCUUAACGAAUGUAUCACUGACCAAUACCCUUCAGCUUUUAAGAGAUCCUCAAGUGGGCGUGCUCUGCAGGAUGUUCGCACCUAUGUGAUUGGUGCUCCCAAGAUAGAAUCUUUUGCUGGUUGUAAUAGCAUUGUUACGUGCACGGGUAAACUCCUAAACCACCUUAAUAUGGACCCCGUGGAUUUCAGUGAUGGAUUUACCGACAAGAUAUCUACGUUUGACAUCGACAACACACCCUUCCGAUCGGUUGCAUUGGAUAUUCGAAUAGACACGUUAUUCGUCAUCCACCUUGGCGUGACUUUGGGCUCGUUUCUUUGUCAAAUCAAAUGUCUGAACUAAAACGUAACAAAGGUGAAAUAAACAUACAUACGUUGCUCGCUCAAUAUCGAUUGUUGGUCAA